GAUGAUGUACUUCCGCUUCCUCUCGGCUGAGUCGCAUUUGGUUGGACGGGCUUGUUGCGGGGAGGGAGGGGGAAGAUUGUUUGCAGAGGAGGAGCUCAGUGUACGGGAAGGUAAACUGAGCUCCCCAGAGACUGUCAUCCCGCAGCCUCGGUUCGGGCCCAGCCUUCUCUCUCCAGCUGCCACCACAGCCUGGAGGCGCCUGCCUCCGCCCUCCCGAAUGGUGCUACUCCUCGCAGGCCUCGGCCCAGGAUCCAAACCCCCUUUGCCCCCCGCCUCGGAGCGGUUGCUCCGGGUCGCUCCUGGUGGACUCCCCGUGACGGGCAGGGAAGAACUUUUCCACAGACAAGGCUGUAGCUCCAGGAGCCCCACCGACGACUUGAAUCUUGGCCUCUAAUCCAGUGUGAGGUUAUUCCUCUGUCCCCUUUUCCACCCACCGAGAAGAGAAACCCUUCUUCUUGCUACCCAGAGCCCAGGAAGCCCCAAGCUGGGGCCCUGGUCCCAGCAUGUCAGUCCUCUCUUGUGCGUAGGGCUGUGCCCUCUCUCCAUUAGCAUGGCUGAAUUCAGGCCGGUUCCGGGGGGGCGGGAGACCCCGCAGGGGGAGCUGCGGUCUGAGGUGGUAGAGGAUGAAGUUCCUCGGAGUCCAGUCGCAGAGGAGCCCGGGAGAGGCGGGAGCAACAACAGUGAGCCCAAAUUGUCUCCAAGAGAAGAGGAAGAACUGGAUCCUCGAAUACAGGAAGAGCUAGAGCACCUGAACCAGGCCAGCGAGGAGAUCAACCAGGUGGAGCUGCAGCUGGAUGAGGCCAGGACUACCUAUCGGAGGAUCCUGCAGGAGUCUGCAAGGAAGCUCAACACGCAGGGUUCCCACUUGGGGAGCUGCAUCGAGAAGGCCCGGCCUUACUAUGAGGCUCGGCGUCUUGCUAAGGAGGCCCAGCAAGAGACCCAGAAGGCAGCGCUGCGGUACGAGCGGGCUGUGAGCAUGCACAAUGCUGCCCGGGAGAUGGUGUUUGUGGCUGAGCAGGGUGUCAUGGCCGACAAGAACCGGCUGGACCCCACGUGGCAGGAGAUGCUCAACCACGCCACCUGCAAGGUGAAUGAAGCAGAGGAGGAGCGGCUUCGUGGUGAGCGGGAGCAUCAGCGGGUGACUCGGCUGUGCCAGCAGGCUGAAGCUCGGGUCCAAGCCCUGCAGAAGACGCUCCGGCGGGCCAUUGGAAAGAGCCGCCCCUACUUUGAGCUCAAGGCCCAGUUCAGCCAGAUUCUGGAGGAGCACAAGGCCAAAGUGACAGAGCUGGAGCAACAGGUGGCCCAGGCCAAGACUCGCUAUUCAGUUGCCCUGCGCAAUCUGGAGCAGAUCAGCGAGCAGAUUCAUGCCCGGCGCCGGGGCCAGCCCCCUCAUGGCCCAGGCCAGCGGCGCUCCUCCCCCGUGGGGGCAGAGGCUGGGCCUGAUGGUGGGGAGGAUGGGGACAGUGGGAUCAUUGAGGGGGCUGAAGGUGGGGGCCUGGAGGAGGGCAGUAGCCUGGGGCCUGGGCCUGCCCCGGACACAGACACACUUAGCCUGCUGAGCCUGCGCACGGUGGCCUCGGACCUGCAGAAGUGUGACUCUGUGGAGCACCUGCGGGGCCUCUCAGACCACACCAGUCUGGAUGGUCAGGAGCUGGGCUCCCGGAGCGGGGGCCGUGGGGGCCGCCACCAGCGCAGCAUCAGCCUGUAG